AUUAUCUCGGGUCCUCCUCCGCCUUGCCCAUCAUCUGCCGUCGGCUUGGAUCAACCUCGGUCUGCCUUGGUCUGCCUCGGUCUGCUCCAUUCGCUCUUCGCGCUUGCUCCCCGCUUGCUCUCUGCUUGCUCCCUGCUUGCCCCACCUCUGUUCUGCCCUGCACCGCCCUUGAUCCUCUCCCAGCGCCUGGUCCAGCCCAGCUCAGCCCCCGAUCUCGCCCAGCCAUGUCCUCGUCGUCCCAGUUCACCCGCCUCUCCAUCCUCAACAACGACUGCAUCUUUGUCGGCCAGGCCUUGACCUCGGUCAUUGCCAAGGAAGUCGUCUCCAACGUCAAAGCCUCGGCCUACAUCAUCGUCACCGACACCAACAUCGCUCCCUUCCAUCUGGCUCCCCUCGAGGCUGCCCUCCGUGAUGCCGUGGCCCAAUACCACCCAUCCCCCGCCAGCUCCAAGGUCCUGACCAUGACUCUGCCCCCCGGCGAGGCCUCAAAGACCCGCGCCAUGAAGGAGUCGAUCGAGGACUGGAUGCUCGAGCGCAAGUGCACUCGCGACUCGUGCCUGCUCGCUCUCGGCGGCGGCGUCAUCGGUGACAUGAUUGGCUAUGUUGCUGCCACCUACAUGCGCGGCAUUCCUUUUGUCCAGAUCCCCACUACCCUCUUGGCAAUGGUGGACUCUUCUCUCGGCGGCAAGACUGCCAUCGACACCCCCGCCGGCAAGAACCUGAUCGGCGCCUUCCACCAGCCCAAGCGCAUCUUUAUCGACAUUGACUACCUGCGAACUCUGCCCCACCGCGAGUUUGUCAACGGUCUGGCCGAGGUCAUCAAGACCGCCGCCAUCUUUGUGCACGAGGACUUUGAGCUUCUCGAGAACCACCCAGAGGAGAUUCUGGCUUUGAGCAAGUCCACGGCCGAGAAUGUGGACUCGAGCCUCCUCCUCAAAGUCAUCCUCGGCUCCGUCCGAGUCAAGGCCCAUGUCGUCACCGUCGACGAAAAGGAAACCGGUCUUCGCGGCAUCCUCAACUUUGGCCACACCAUCGGUCAUGCCAUCGAGGCCAUUCUCUUCCCCGAGCUCCUGCACGGCGAGUGCGUGGCCAUCGGCAUGGUCAAGGAGGCCGAGAUCGCCCGCCAUCUUGGGCACCUCAACAAUGUCAGCGUCGGCCGUAUUCUCCGGUGUCUCCAGGCCUAUGGCCUCCCUGUCUCGCUCGAGGACAAACUGGUGGUUUCUCGUGCCCCCCACAAGCACUGCCCCGUCGAUCAGCUCAUGGACAUCAUGAAGGUCGACAAGAAGAACCAGGGCGACAAGAAGCGCAUGGUUCUGCUCUCCAGCAUCGGAAAGACUCUCGAAGAGGGCGCCAGCUUUGUCGACGACCACGUCAUCCGCAAGAUCAUCGCUCCCGCUGCCGAAAUUGUGCCUCCGGCCGCCUUCAAGCCCUCCGUCUCCCUUGCCGUCCCUGGGUCCAAGUCGAUUUCAAACCGUGCUCUCGUCAUGGCCGCUCUUGGCGAGGGCGAGUGCCGUCUCCGUGGAUUGCUGCACUCGGAUGAUGUCCAGGUCAUGCUCGAUGCCCUCCAAAAGCUCGUUGGAAUCAGCUUCAUCUGGGAAGACGACGGCGAGACCCUGGUCAUCCAGGGCGGCGGCGGCCGGCUCCGGGUCCCCGACAACGAAGUCUAUCUCGGCAAUGCCGGUACAGCCUCUCGUUUCUUGACCUCGGUCUGUGCUCUGAUCCCGCAGCCCUCCGAGACUGCCGCGGCGACCAUCGUUACGGGCAAUGCCCGCAUGAAGCAGCGCCCCAUCGGCCCCCUCGUGGAUGCUCUGCGCGAGAACAGCUGCGAGAUCGAGUAUGUCGAGCAGGCUGGCUCACUUCCCCUGCGGAUCAAGCCCACGGGCGGCCUCCGCGGCGGCGAGAUCCGCCUCUCGGCCAGCAUCAGCUCUCAGUAUGUCUCGUCCAUCCUGAUCUCGGCCCCCUACGCCCUGGAGCCCGUCACGCUGGUGCUCACUGGCGAUGCCGUCGUGUCGCAGCCCUACAUCGACAUGACCAUCGAGAUGAUGGCUUCCUUUGGCAUCCAUGUCAAGCGCGUCGGCACCGAGAACCGAUACGAGAUUCCCCGCGGCAUCUACCAAAACCCUAGCACCUAUCUGGUCGAGGCCGAUGCCUCCUCGUCCACCUACCCCCUGGCCUUUGCCGCCAUCACCGGCUCGACCGUGACCGUCACCAACAUUGGCAGCAAAUCGCUGCAGGGCGACGCCGAGUUUGCCAUCAAGGUCCUGAAGCCCAUGGGCUGCGAGGUCUCCCAGACCGAGACCACGACAACCGUCCACGGACCGGCUCGUCUCAGCGCCUUGCCCUCCAUCGACAUGGAGACCAUGACCGAUGCCUUCCUCACGGCCUCUGUCCUCGCCGCCGUUGCCAACGGCAAGGAGGCCACCAGCAAUGGAUCGCUGGUCACCAGCAUCUCGGGCAUCGCCAACCAGCGCGUCAAGGAAUGCAACCGCAUCGCCGCCAUGAUCGAGCAACUGGCCAAGUUUGGCGUCCAUGCCAAGGAGCUGCAGGAUGGCCUCGAAAUCCACGCGAUCGACAAGAGCCAGCUGAAGCAGCCUAACGAGGGCGUCUUUUGCUACGACGAUCAUCGUAUCGCCAUGAGCUUCAGUGUCCUUGGCUGUGUCAUGCCUCGCGGCUCCGAGGUCACCAUCAAGGAGAAGAAGUGUGUCGAAAAGACCUGGCCCAGCUGGUGGGACACACUCGAGAACGUCCUUGGCGUCAAGACCAGCGGCAUUGAUGCCCACGCCACUGCUGCCGAGAAGCGCGGUGCUGGAGCCAAGGUUACUGGCUCUGGCUCGAAGGGCGGCAAGUCGUCUUCGGCCGCCUCGUCUGCACCCGCUGCCACCGCAUCCGCUGCUGCUGCUGCUGCCGCUGACAAGCUCACCUCGGACACAGCCGUCGAUUCAAAGACCCUCAUCGUCAUUGGCAUGCGUGGCGCCGGCAAGACCCACAUCGGCCAGGCCGUUGCCAAGGCCUUCUCGCGCCAGUUUAUUGACAUGGACGCCUAUCUUGAGAGCGAACUUGGCACCACCAUCCCCAAGCUGAUCGAGACCAAGGGCUGGGACGAGUUCCGCAACGAAGAGGCCCGCCUUCUGGUCCAAGUCUUGCAGCUGUACCCCGAGCACUACGUGGUGGCGUGCGGCGGAGGCGUCGUUGAGCGCGAAGAGAAUCGCCAGGUGCUCAAGGCCUGGGCUGCAAAGGGCGGCCAUGUGGUCCAUGUGCAGCGAAACCUCGAUGACUUGGUCGAGUAUCUCUCGAUCGACAAGACCCGCCCUGCCUUUACGAACGAGAUCCCCGCCGUCUGGCAGAAGAGAAAGCCGUGGUACCGCGAGUGCUCUACGGUCGAGUUUGUCAACGUCAAGUCCGACGGUGACCAGGUCCUGUCCUCGGCCUACUGGAAGGCGGUCGAGCAGGACAUGAUCCGCGUCCUGCGGUUCAAGCUGGGCAAGCUCGCCUCCAAGUCUGGCUCGGAGCUGCCCGGCUCGGUCCCUGCUGCAUCCGAGACCAGCUUUUUCCUGUCCCUGACCUUCCCGACGAUCAAGGAGUGCGUGCCCAUUCUCAACUCAAUCUCCGAGGGCGUCGAUGCCCUCGAGCUCCGCGUUGAUCUGCUUGCCUCCGUGGACGUUGAUUCCGUUGCCCGCGAGGUUGCGCUGCUGAGGCGCCACAGCACCUUGCCCAUCAUCUUCACCGUUCGCACCCAGUCCCAGGGCGGCAAGUAUGACGACGGCAACGUCGAAGGCAUGUUCGAGCUGAUCCAGAUGGCAGUCAAAUGGGGCGUGGAAUACAUCGACAUCGAGAUCGGCGGCUUUGCCGAGCAUCCCAAGCGCAAGCAGCUGACCGAAGCCAUCAUUCAGGCCAAGGGCAAUGCCAAGAUCAUUGCUUCUUACCACGACGUGGCCGGCACGGUCAAGUGGAACGAGAAUGCCAUCGGCGCCAGCACCAUGCGCGACCAGUACGUGCUCCUGUACCGAUACGGCGACAUUGUCAAGCUCAUCGGACGCGCCAGCACCGUCGAGGACAAUUUCGCUCUGCACCGCUUUGUGAACCAGGUCGUGCCCAAGUUGGGUCUUGGACCGGCCAAGCCCGUCAUUGCCCUCAACAUGGGUCUGGCCGGCCAGCUCUCGCGGGCUCUCAACAGAUUCUUCUCGCCUGUGACGCACCCGCUACUGCCCAACAGCGCCGCUCCCGGCCAGCUCUCCGUUGCGCAGAUCCACCAGGUGCGUCAGAUCCUGGGCUGGAUCCAGCCCAAGAACUUUUACCUCUUUGGCGAGCCCAUCAAGCAGUCGAUGUCUCCAGUCCUGCACAACACGGGCUUCCGCACCCUCGGCCUGCCGCACAACUACCAGCUGUUUGAGUCUUCGGACUGGAGCAAGGUGCAAGCUCUGAUCCGCGAGCAGGGCAGCAGCUUUGGUGGUGCCAGCGUCACCAUUCCCCUCAAGGAAGAUGUCAUUGCCCACAACGUGGUCGACUCGCUCUCUCCGUCGGCCGAGGCGAUCGGCGCCGUCAACACCAUCAUCCCGUCCAUCGACGGGACUCUGGUCGGCGACAACACCGACUGGAUCGGCAUCCGCAACACCAUCCUGCAGCGGGUCAGCGGUCACGAUGCUGCCGGCGCCAUUGGUGUUGUCAUCGGAGCGGGUGGAACUGCCCGUGCUGCAUGCUAUGCACUCAAGCAACUUGGCGUCUCGGAGUUGUACAUCUGGAACCGUACCACCAGCCGUGCCGAGGAACUCGCCAAGGCCUUCGAGGCCCGCGUUGUCGUUGAGUUCGAUCGAGUCUUUGAGGCCGCCGUUGGUGGCAACAAGGCCCUUCUGGUCAUCUCCACCGUGCCUGCUUCUGCCCAAGAGUCCAUCGCCUCGACCGCCGUCGAGACCGUCUUUGGCUCCACCGCCGCACUGGCCCAGCCCAAGGCCCUGGUCGAGAUGGCCUACCGCCCGCGCGUGACUCGAUUCGUGCAAGCUGCUCGGGCCGUUGCUGGCUGGGCUGUCGUCGAGGGCGUCGAUGUCCUGAUUGCCCAGGGUCUGGAGCAGUUCCGCUUGUGGACUGGUCGCAAGGCGCCCGCUCAUGCCAUGGAGAGCGAGGUUUACGCCAACUACUAGGCUUCCACUUGACUGAAUGCCAUAUGGCGUUGAAUCGCUGCCUGUUUUUGUAACUUCCUCCCCCCCCUCUACAGUCGCUGUGUAUCACCGACACAAUCCCUUCGCGCCAAAUACAUAUGGGGACACUCGACGA